AUGGCAUUAGGAAGCGAUGUACGAGAUAUCCUGGAUCUUGAGACUCCAGACAAAGAUCCUGUUACAAAGGAGUCUCUUAUGAAUGACAGCAAAAAGAAAAAAGUGAAGAAACCAGAAGCUAAUGCCAGGAAGCCAGAAGGAAUGCAUAGAGAAUUGUGGGGAUUGUUAUGGACAGACAACAAGAGAGAUGGCCCACCUUUAGUUCCAUCAGAUAAUAAACAAGGUUAUAAACAGAUGAAAGCUAAAAUAGGCAGUAGUAAAGUUAGACCAUGGAAAUGGAUGCCCUUUACUAACCCAGCUAGAAAGGAUGGUGCUAUAUUUUACCAUUAUAGAAGAAUAGCAGAUGAAGGAAAAGACUAUCCCUUUUCUAGAUUUAAUAAGACUGUUGAUGUACCUACUUAUUCUGAUUUAGAAUAUCAGCAACAUUUACAUGAUGAUAGUUGGACUCGUAUAGAAACUGAUACAUUAUUUGAUAUGUGUAAACGAUUUGAUCUACGAUUUAUUGUGAUUCAUGAUAGAUGGGAUAAAGAGAAAUAUAAAGAGAGGAGUGUAGAAGAUUUAAAAGAAAGAUAUUAUAAUAUUUGUAAUAUACUGAAAAAGGUUAGGGCUCCAGUAGGUACUGAACCUAAAAUAAAAGUGUUUGAUGCAGAACAUGAAAGAAGACGUAAAGCUCAACUUACCAAAUUGUUUGAAAGAACACCCGAACAGGUUGAAGAAGAAGAGAAUCUAAUAGCUGAAUUAAAGAAAAUUGAAUUAAGAAAGAAAGAAAGAGAAAAGAAGACUCAAGAUUUACAGAAGUUGAUAACAGCAGCUGAUAGUAAUAUAGAUUCUAGAAGAACAGAUAAAAGAAUUGCGAAGAAGAAAUUCCCACCAAUCAAAACAAAAGAAGGCAUGAUGAUCAAGUCCAACCCUGAAUCUUGUGGAAUCAAAUUCCCUGAUUUUAAACAGUCUGGUGUUUCCUUGAGAAGUCAGAGGAUGAAGUUACCAGCAUCUAUAGGUCAAAAGAAAAUGAAAGCUAUAGAACAAGUCUUAGGAGAAUUGGGUAUAGAGUUCAAUCCUAUACCAACAGACGAUGUAGUACAGAAUUUUAAUGAAUUGAGACAAGAUAUUGUUUUAUUGUAUGAGUUAAAGAUAGCCCUAGCUAAUUGUGAAUAUGAACAAGAAACAUUACGUCAUAGACUAGACACUUUAAAUGGUAUAAAGGUAGGCAACUUAACUGUUUUUGGAUCAUUCCAAAGUUUCCACUAA